AUGUCGAAAGCAUAUUCAGGAUAUAAAAUAAAUAAUCAAACAAUUUUAGAAGAACAUAUUGAUGAAAAUUAUGAGCCAACUGAUGAAGAAAUUCAUGAAUAUGCUAUAUAUAUCGGUAUUGAACCUGAGAAAGAAAAAGAUCUUCUUUGGUUGGCAAGAGAAGGUCUUAUGAAACCAUUACCAUCAGGUUGGAAAGCAUGUCAAGAAGAAAAUGGAGAAUUAUAUUAUUUUAAUUUUAAUACGGGAAAAUCAUCAUGGGAUCAUCCAUAUGAUGAAAUUUAUAAAACACGUGUUAUUCAAGCACGAGACAAGAAAACUUCAUCAUCAAUUAUAUUUGAUACACUUUCAAAAGGAAAAAAUACAUCAAGUAUAAGUGAUUUAUCAAGUGGAAAAAAUCCUCAUAAUUUACCUUUACAAACAAAAAAUGAUACAAUCGAUAAUCAAUUCGAUUCUCAAUAUAUUAACAGUGAUUCAAGUGGUGAAUUAAACAAUAGUGAAAAUGAUCAUACACAUAGUAGUAAUGAUUUUCAAAAAGAUGUCUAUUUUGGUAUUGAUCGUGAACUAUCUGCCCGUAUUGAACGUGAAGAAAAUGAACCAACAGCAAUUAUUACUCCAUCUCCACAACUGCUAUUUACUGAUAAUAGAGGUUAUUUGUUUUUAUAUAUAGCGUGACUAUCUUCAGUAUAGUUUAAUCAAUCGGACUGAUGUGUUUCUCGCUCUUUUAAGUUUUUAUUUACAAGAAAAUUGUCAAAUAUAUAUAUACUGUAGAAUUAGCACUAUUGAUUUCAAUGGAAAAAAAAAUACUCCAAGCCAACGGGUUCAGACUGAUCUUGAUCACUCGAGUUGACGAGGAGUUAUGAUAUAUGUACGAUAGUUCCUCGUGCUAAGAUUUCUGUAAGUCAAGAAGGAAAGAAGUUUAGGACUCGGCGAACCUAUCAUUGUAUAGUAGUACUUCAAUAGGGGGUAUGUAAACUUUAAAUCUCAUCGAGUUUUUAAUAAAACGUUCAAAAACUGCGAAUAUUUUACGAAAUAUCAAGUUGAUCAGCUCAUAGGCUCCUUCAACAGGGUUCUAUAUCGCCGAGAAAAAGGCAGUCCGAUUGAUAAAAGUAAACUGGAGAUAUGAAGUAUUUUUUGUCAUUAACUGCGCAUUGCAAAAUAUAAUGUGCUCCCCUGUUUUUUGAAUAAAUUUUGAGAGGAACAUCAUAGAGAUCUGCAGUUUUUAUCAUUCAAAAGAGAAAAAACCCGAGAUCAUUGAAAUAGAAGAUGGCAAUACUCUAAAGCCAUUUUCAUUUCAACUUAUACUUGUAAUAUAAUGAAUCAAUAGGAAAAUUUUUUCUUUCUAAUUCUACAUAAGACCAAUAUUCUUAGUUUGUUCCAUUCAAGACUUAUAAAGGUUUCCUAAGAUCCAUGAUUUCAGCGCAUUGACCUGCGAUCACCCGGAACAGCAAUGUUCGAUUUGGUUUCA